AUUUCUAUUUAUGUAUUUUUUCCAUGUCUUUUUUUGACUUAUGUUCCUUUUACAGAUCCGACUACAAAUCCGGCAUAUUCAGAAGAAAGAUUGGCUCAUGAAGCUUUGCAACUAGAGAAGCGCUUGAGCUUGCUGUCCCAUACGAGUCGCCAGGGCAGCGGAGGAGAUGACAGAAGUCUUUCAAGCUCAUCUUCAGAUACCAGCCACUCGGAUGUUAGUGUUGGGAGCAGAUUGACAAUUUGGCCUGAACAGUCUUCAGCCAGCACUUCGCAAGAGAGUCAUGGACUGGCAGCUGCAAAGGGCAUCCAUCUUGGGGAAGAGAAGAUCCAUCCAGAAGGGGCACGUGGCACCACUAAACCACCUCCAAAGCCCCUCCGGUCCAGACAGCUACAAGAGAUAGGCCGUCAGAGCUCAUCUGACAGUGGAAUAGCUACUGGUAGUCACUCUUCUUACUCUGGAAGCUUCUCUUCCUACGCUGGGAGUUUGGACAUCUGCCAUGGUGAUGAGUUUGGAUCAUUGCUUAGCCUGCCAUUGAACUUUCCUUCGGAUCAGAAUUUAUGUACUUGUCCUCACAGUGAGCCUCAGAGAGGUGUGGGAUCAGAGUAUCAGGUUCCCAGCUCUCUCAGACAUAUUUAUGAUAUACCCAGGAGUUUGUUACAGGCAGCUGCUAAAGAUGUGCAACCCAAGAGUGCAGAUUCCACGCUACCCAAGGACCAGGCCCUGCCUCCUCAUGGUGCUAGUGAUCCAAAACUGCUCCUUCCACGCUUAGAAGCACAGAGAGCACCAGAGCACAGAGGGAGACCGUCAUUCUUACUCCCAGAAAGCACCAAAGACUCAAGUAAUGAGGCGUGUGUGGAUUUUGUUUCGAGGUGGUCAGAUACAAAAUCACCAGGACAGGUGUCAGACUCCAAAAGUAGUGAGUUAGCGCCACCUAGUGGAGCCUCAGCUGACCCCUAUGACACAUGUAGCCCCCACCUUGGAAUGACAAGAGCUCUUUUUUCAGCUUGUCCAAUCUGUGGUGGACUAAAGGGAUCAGCAAUAUUACAGCCGGGAGUCUUACCAGCUAUACCAGGUAAGAACCACUUAAUUAUUUACCUUGAUUUACUUUGUUAGUACAUAUUGAUGCUU